AUGUAUCCUCCUCUGUGUGAUAUCCCCCCUUCUAUUCUGCUUGACGACGCCUCCCUCAACCCCUUCCUCCUCCUCCCCAUCGACCCCGUCGACAUCCACGACGACCCCUCAGGCUCCGCUAGCCCUGACGCCCUCCUUCCCUCCAUCACUCUUUCAAGCCCCGACGACCCCUCCCUCGACGUCAUCCCGCCUCUCCCCGACGACACUGCCCCCGGACACGCAUGCCGGGGCCUGGAGACCAGCCGCUGGGACGCGGCGGCGCGGAGCAAGCACAGCUCGGCGUGCAGGGGCAGGAGCCGGCUGACCGCGCAGGAGAAGCUCGACAUCGUCUGCCUCUACUACUCGGCGCCAGUGUCUCCAACGGGGAAACGGUCUAUGCAGCAGCAGGACUUAUCGCGAAGGUACGGCAAGAGCCGUGCGGCGAUCAGCAAGGGCUCAAGCGAGCAGCGGCGAUGGUGCUGA